UCUCUUCUUUUUUUAUUUUUUUUUAUACCCUAACGUAUAUACAAAUACCUUUUCAUUACAAAAUUUAGUCAUUUUUCUAUUUAUUAAAAAUUACAAAAAAAGGAAUGCUAAGAGCUUAUUACUAUUGCAGCUUAUAAUGUUUCUUCUUUAUCCAGGAACAUACUUUUAUAUAAUAUUAGCUUUUCUUUUUCUUGUUGAUCAAGUAAUAGUAACAGCAUCACAAUUACCUUCGAAAUUAAAUAAAGUUGAAAUUAUACAUGAUCCAACCAUUCAUGUUUUAAUGGGGAACAAGCCUAGGAAACGAGACAAAUCUGCAACCUUAGAAAAUAAUGAUGAUUUCUUAUUUUCCUUUUCUGCUUUUAAUACAUACAUUCAGCUUCAACUAUUUCCCAAUUUUGAUCUCUUUCAUCCUGAUGCUCAAAUUAUUCUAUUUAACCAUACUAAGAUAACCGAAACGGAAAGAAUGAUACCUGAUGAGUAUUUUGUAUUUAAGGGACAUAUUAAAAACCAACCUCAUAACUGGGCUCGAAUCAUAUUUCGACAAGAUAUCACACUAACUAAUUCACCAAGUUCAUACCCAAUAUUUGAAGGAGCAUUCAUGUUUGAUUCAGAUAUAUAUCAUAUUAAGACUUCUAAAAACUAUCAUCUUUCAAAAAGGACAGAUGAUCCCGAAGUUAAUACUACAAAGAUGAUUAUUUAUAGAGACUCAGAUCAAGUUACAAAUCAUUUCGAAAAACGUAUAUUUCAAGUAAAUAACAAAAUAGAUAGUAUAUGUGCCAUGGAAGAGAUGGCUUAUAAUCGACGUAUGGCAGGAACUCAUACUGCACCAAUUCUACCCGCUAUUAUAAAUACUUCGUUAUCAAGUUUAUGGGAAAAACGAACUGAUGUAUCCUUCUUCAAUACUUUAAUUGAAUCGUCUUCGAAUAUGGACAUUAUAGCAACACAGGGAUGCCCUACAGCAAGAAAGAUUGCCUAUAUGGGUGCUGCUGCAGAUUGCUCCUACGUUUUAUCAUAUGGUAGCAUUCGUUAUGCAAAACUACAAAUAAUUAAUGAUUGGAACGUUGCCUCUGCUGUUUAUGAAAGGACAUUUAAUGUUUCAUUAGGUCUAAUUUAUUUACAGAUAUCUGUACCUGAAUGUCCAUCUUCAACAACUACUCAUCUUAAUAAUAGAAAAAAAUCUGUGAUGGCUUGGAAUCAAGCAUGUUCAAGCCAUUAUACUAUUAAUGACCGUCUAAGUGACUUUAGUCUCUGGAGAGGCAAUAAAGGAGAUGAUGGAGCAGCACUUUGGCAUCUCAUGACAAAAUGCUCAACGGGUGUAAAAGUAGGUAUUGCUUGGUUAGGUCAGCUAUGUGAAACUCAAGUAUCACAGCAGGUAGAAGAUGAUGGAACAUUUGAAUGGGUUUCAGGAACAGGAGUAUCAUCUAUAACAAGGGAUGAAUGGAAAGUAGUUGCACAUGAAAUUGGUCAUGGGUUUGGCGCUAUUCAUGACUGUACUGCAAAAAUGUGUCCUUGUCAUGGAGAAUGCGGUUGCUGUCCAUUAAGUAACACGGUUUGUAGUGCAGGAGAAGCUUAUAUAAUGAAUCCUACCAGUAAUGUAACAACUAAUGAUUUUAGUCCAUGCUCUAUAUCAGAUAUUUGUAAUACUCUUCCUAAUAUUGGUUAUUGCUUGAAAUCACCUGACUUGCGUGUUGGAGGUACAUUUUCGCUUUGUGGUAAUGGAAUAUUAGAGCCUGGGGAGGAAUGUGAUUCUGGAUUAAUAGAUAGUGAGUGCUGUUAUGCAAGAACAUGUAAAUUGAAACCAAAUGCUAUAUGCGAUGAUUAUAGUCAUCAAUGCUGUUUGAAAUGUGCAAUAGCAUCCAAAGAAACUGUUUGUAGACCUAGUGUAUCUGAGUGUGAUCGAACUGAAUACUGUACUGGUAAAUCCAGUCAAUGUCCAAUAGAUGAAUAUAGUGAAGAUGGAACAAGCUGUGCAAACGGGACAAUGAAAUGUGCUUCAGGAAUUUGUACUUCACGAGAUCAACAAUGUAUGGCACGAGGGCUUCGACAAAAUAUUAGUGAGCAAUGCUCAUUCCAGCAAGAUUCAUGUUUAAUUAGCUGUUCAGAUCCCAAAGAACCGAAUAAUUGUUUAAUGUUAAGUGGUAUAUUUCUAGAUGGAACUGAAUGUGGAUUAGCAGGAUUUUGUAAAGGAGGAGUCUGCAUUGGUACUGGGCCUUUGAACACCAUAAAGGCAUGGACUGCGAAGAAUAAAUCAAUUGCAAUUCCAAUAUAUAUAUUUAGUAGUCUUGGCAUAUUAUUAAUCUUGGGUUGGAUUAUUUGGUUCAUAAGAAGAAGAUAUAAACGAAAGAAUAAAAUGUUAUUAUUUACAACAACCUCGGAAAAGGAUAAAAAUUCAAGACCCAAUUCAUUCUCACUUGGUUUUGAAAAUAAUAGCAAAAUAGCGGACAGACAUUUAUCAAUCGUAAAAAACAGUUCAACUACUGCAGUUAUAAACAUGAAUAAUAACGACUUAUUACAGCAAAACCAGCAAAUAGCAACUACUAAUAAUAAUAAUAAUAUUAAUAUUAAUAAUAAUAAUACAACCCUAAUGUUUGGAUCAUUUUUAGCAAAAAAUGAUGAUAAUAUCGAUAGUGAUGAUGGAAUUGAGUUAGAUCACUUUUCACUACCGAAGAAGAAAGAUAAUAUUUGGACGUCGAGUCUUAAAUAAAACUUGAUAAUAAAUACUAAGC